AUGAGCGCGCCGCCGACCACCCCCACCCCCACCGCCACAGCCACCGCCACGCCCGACCACCCCGCGCCCAAACGCAUGCGCGUCUCCCGCGCCUGCGAGCAGUGCCGGUCGCGCAAGGCCAAAUGCGACGGCAAGACGCCCGGCUGCUCCCCCUGCGUGACGCUCUCGCAGACCUGCACGUACGGCGCGCAGCCGCGCAAGCGCGGGCUGCCCCCCGGGAGCGUGUCGGCGCUCGAGCGCACGGUGAAGCUGCUGCAGCGGGUGCUGGGGAUGCUGAUGGACAGUGUGGACGGCGGGGAGGGCGCCCUGCUGGCGCUGGUCAAGGGGAGGGGCGCCACGCUGUUUGAUGAGGGCGAGGAGGGCCGGCGGCUGGUGGGGCUGUGGAAGGAGGGCGCGGUGCUGAAGGAGCUGGAGAGGGUCAGGGAGAGUGUGACGGGGACGGCUACGGGGGCUGGGGCGGGCACAGGAACGGGCACGACGGGCACGGGGAGCGUCGGCGAGAGGUCCCCGGAUGCGCAGGAUCGCGGGCCACAGGGGGAGGUACAGCUACAAUUGGUGGGGGGCGAGCACGACGCCUUCCGGGACACGAUACGGGCCAUGGCCGAGGCGCAGAGGAGCAAGGACGCACCCCGGCGGGCAUCGAUGGCGGCGACGGCGGCGACGACAACGAACGGCGAUGCCACCGCCACCACCACCACCGAGAUGGACUGGGCGAAGGAGUCCCAGAGCCUGCAGCAGGACCCCGGCGUCGAGCGCGGGCGAGACAAGCCCCGGGACCCGCCCAUGCCGCUGCUGCAGCACACGCCCGGCACCGACCACGGCUCGUCGACCGCGUCCUCGUAUCCCACCCGCAUGCGGCCGCCCCCCGUCGUGACGCCCCCGCUCUACACGCCCCUCGACGCCGCCGACACCGCCGACUCCGCCGACGACCACCACCACCACCACUUCUCCUCCGCCGGCCACGACAGCAUCCUCCCCACACCCACACACGGCACACACGGCUCCUCCUUCCGCCCGCGCUCCUACCCGCCCGAGAGCCCCCUCCGCGAGAACCUCACCGGCACAAGCACAGCCACAGCACCGGAGCACCCCCCGCUGCCGCACAACUCCCGGCUCCUCCUCGACCUCUACUUUGCCUACACGCACGUCUGGUUCCCCAUCCUCGACAAGUACGACCUCGUCCGCUUCUUCCACAUCGUCAGCACCGCCACCGCCACCGCCACCUCGACCAAGCGCAAAGCCAGCCCGCCGCCCAAAGCCGACAUCCCGCCCGGAAAGCGCGCCCUCCUCUACGCCGUGCUCUCACUCGCCAGCCUGCAGCACGACGCCCUCGCCGACGGCGGCAGUAGUAGUAGCACGUACGGGUAUGCCUAUGCCCCCACCACGGCCCCCCCGAGUGCGGCCACGCUCUACACCGCCGCGCAGGCCAUCCUGUUCACCCCCGACGCCGACGCGGACGCGGACACGACCAUCGAGCACAUCCAGGCGCUGCUCCUGCUGGCGCUCAUCAACCUCUCGCACAGCCACAACCACUCGGCCUACCUGCUCAUCGGGCACGCAGGGCGGCUGGCCACAACGAUAGGCCUCCCCGCCGCGCUCGGCCGCUUCGGCAUCCGCGCCUGGACCGGCUACCUGGUCCUCGAGACGCUCAUCAGCACCCUCACCAGCUACCCCGCACACAUCUACAGCACCUUCUGGAUCGGCAUCAUCGACGAGGACGGCUGGGAGGAGUGGGACAGCUGGAAGGAGCACCCCGCGGCCGUCGCCCCCGCACCACCGACAGCAAUAUCAAGAGACAGCGAGGACCCCGCGCACAUCCUCACCACCUUCAACGCCCUCGCAAACCUCGCCCGCAUCGUCUCCCGCGCCACCCACACACUCCCGGACCUCCACAACUGGUGCCGCGACCUCCCGCCCCACUGCAGCUUCGACGUCCUCAACCCGCUGGAGGUCGAGCUGCCCGCGCUGGUGCCGAGCACGCCGCACGUCUCGCACCUGCACCUCUUCUACGCGCACGCCAUCCUCGCCCUGCACGACAACGCCGCGGCCACCGCCUCAAUAGCCGCCAUCCUCGAGGCGUUCGCCGAGACACGGAGUCUCGCUGUCGCCCCGCCGCUGUUUGUCGGCGUCGCGAAACGCGCGGAUGCGGCGUGGGCGGGGCGGUUGGGGGUGUCGGGCGUGCUGACGGGGGCGGGGAUAUUGAAGGCGCCGGCGCCGGGGAGGAAGGGGGUUGUUGCGGCGGGACGAGGAGCGCCGCCGAGACGGCAGGAGGAGUUUGUGGAGCCCAGUAGGGUGUUUAACUUUACGCCUCCUCCUCCUCCUCCUCCACCGCCGCAGCCGCAGCCGCAGCCACAGCCGCAGCAGCAGCAGCCAGUGGGCGUUGGGUCGUUGCUGUCGCCGAGGGGCGGUGGUGGGCAGGAGGAGGAGUAUGGUGGUGGCGGGGGAAGCCAGGCGGCGAGUCUGAGCUUUAGUCAGCCGAGUCCGGACGGGUUCGAUGAGGAGAUGGGGAUGCUGGAGUGCUUGCCUUGGACGCAAGCCGGCAUCCCCGAGUUCAUCCAAAACCUCGGCUACGUCGGCGGCUUCUCGCCCUCCGCCUUCCAGCUCCCUCCCGAGUCCCAAGCACCCCUCCAAAUCCUCGGCCUGCGGCAAGACACCGACGCAACCUACAGCCACCCGGACGAGAACGAGAUGGGCGCGGCGGCGGGGCGAAGAGGGCUAAAUACCGUGCUGGAGCAGUGGCUGGGGGAUGUAUUAGGUGCUGGCGGGGUGGGGGGGCAGGGCGGAGGAGGGCAGGGCGGGGGGCAGGGGGGGCGGUGGAGUUAA